AUGUGUGCUCAAACCAUCCAAAAAGUCGCCAUUGUUGGUGCCACUGGUCGCAUUGGAGGUGCAUUUGCUAAAGCACUCGUGGAGGGUGGCAAGCACACUGUCACGGCAUUGACUCGCGAGGACGGCGGCGGAAAGCUCCCAGAGGGUGUUCACGUUGUCAAGGUGAACUAUGAUGACGAAGCUUCUAUUAUCAACGCUCUCAAGGGUCAGCAAUUUCUUGCAAUCACUCUCAGCGUCAGAGCCCCCCAAGACCUGCAUAAGAGGAUUGCAGAUGCAGCAGGCAAGGCCGGUGUUUCUCUUAUUAUGCCGAACGCCUAUGGCUACCCAGUCGCUGCCGGUGGCCCCCAGGUGGGGGAUUCGUAUGGAAAGAUAGCCAUUGACCGAGUCAACGAAGUCAAGAGCGGCAUCUCUUCUUCCCUAAAGCUAUCUUGUGGAUUCUGGUAUGAGUGGAGCUUGGCCACAGGCGAGCAAUGGUUCGGCUUUACAAUCAAGGAUCGCAAGGUCACAUUCUUCGACGAUGGAAAGCGCACCAUCACUGUUAGCACUUGGGACCAAUGCGGCCGGGCCCUGGCAGCACUCCUAAGUCUUCCGGAGUCUGGCUCAAGCCCUUCACUGGCCGAGUAUAAGAAUAGCAAUUGCUCUAUCUAUAGCUUCCGAGUGUCCCAGCGAGAUAUGUUGGACAGCCUCCACCGAGUCUUAGGCACAACCGACUCCGACUGGGAAAUCACAUAUGAACCGGUCGAGAAGCGCCUCAAAGACGGCGCAGAGGAGACUUCUCAAGGUGAAAUUACUGGUUUUGUCAAAACCAUGUAUGGAAAGGUCUUUUUGAAUUCGAACGAAAUGAGUGACUUUGCGGCCAAGGGUUCGGACAAUAUUGCCUUAGGGCUGCCACAGGAAGAUCUCGACGAAGCAACAAAGAGAACAGUGGAAAUGGUCGAGAACGGCUGGAAUCCUCUCGGCUAG